UUUAUUGAAGGACAGUGAGAAGAUGAGUGAUCCAGAACCCUGCAGAAUUAAACAGGAAGAGACUGAAGAACUAAUAGAAGUGAUGGUGAAGGAGGAGAGUGAAGAACUGAGUGGAGAUGAGGAGAAACAUCAUGUCAAGAGUGAAGAAGAAACUCAAUCAGAGACUGAACACAGUAUUUCAGUGGAUAGAGCAGCUGUUAAAGGUUUGACCUGCACUCAGUGUGGAAAGAGUUUCAGGCAGAAAUUCAGCCUCAAGCAUCACAUGAUGAUCCACACUGGAGAGAAGCCGUUCACUUGUACUCAGUGUGGUAAGAGUUUCACGCGCUCAUUAUACCUUAAUCAACACAUGCUGACUCACACCGGAGAGAGACCACACAACUGUGAUCAGUGCGGCAAGACUUUUCUGUGGUUUUCAAAUCUGAAGGAUCAUCUCAGAGUUCACACGAAAGAAAAGCCUUAUUUAUGUUCUGUGUGCGGGAAGAGCUUUACACGGCAGUCGAUUUUAACAGAACAUAAGAAGAUCCACACUGGAGUGAAAGAGUUUGUCUGCUUUAAGUGUAAGAAGACUUUCAUUAGAGUUGCAGACUUGAGAAAACACAUGAUGAUCCACACUGAAGAGAAACCGUACAAGUGUUCACACUGCAACAAGAGAUUCAGCCAGGUACAAAUGCUGGAAAUACAUGAGAGGACUCACACUGGAGAGAAACCCUUCACAUGUGAUCAGUGUGGGAAGAGUUUCACGCAAUCAUCAUACCUCCAUAAACACAUGAUGAACCACACCGGAGAGAAACCGCACAAGUGUGGACACUGCAGCAAAACAUUUUUCAGGCCUUCAGAGCUGACCAUCCAUCUCAGAGUUCAUACAAACGAGACGCCUUAUCCGUGUUCUGUGUGUGGAAAGAGUUUUACACGACAGUCAAUUUUAACGCAACACCAGAAGAUCCACGCUGGCGUGAGAGAGCAUGUGUGCUUUGAGUGCAAGAAGACUUUUAUUAGAGCUUCAGACUUGAAGAAACACCAGAGGGUUCACACUGGAGAGAAACCGUUCACGUGUUCUUUGUGUGGGAAGAGCUUCACAAAAUCAUCAUACCUUAAUCGACACAUGGAGUACCACACUGGAGAAAACACACAGAUGUGAUCAAUGCGGCAAAACAUUUUUGAUUUCUUUAGAGCUGAAGACACAUCUUAGGCCGCGUUUACACUGUGCUGUUCAAGUGACUCCAUUCAGAUUGUUUUCUCCCAUGUGGCACAGAUCGUAUAUGGCUCAUGUGCGUGUAAGCAGGAACAAAUGACAUGGAUUCUGAUUUACUCGAAUCAGAUUCAGGCCUUGUUCAUAUGUGGAAAUUUAUCCGAUAUGAAUCGGAUCUGUGCCCUCGUGUCUGCAGUAAGCAGGUAGAUCUGAUUUUCACCUGUCAAUGCGAUUCGCACGUCAUUAAAAACCACAGCGAAUUUCAGAACGGACUCCAGCAGAGUCCCAAACCUUAAAUCUCACACACACGAGGACUUAAACAGCUUUUACAUUGCCAUAUAGCACAGGUAUAAGCAUGUUAAUGAGAGCGAGAGAGCGCAAU